AUGAGUGCUACAGAACCAGCGGUAGUGGAAACUUCAACACCCGCGCCAGUCAACGGUGUCGGAGCAGAUUCCGUUGUAGAGGUCGACGACGCAGACGAUGCAGGCUUCGCCUAUGGCGAUGAUGACUCUGAUUCUGCCGUGAGCGCUUCGAUAACAUCCUCCAUCGUCAACUAUGAAUACGCCAAUGGCAGACGAUACGCCGGUUAUCGACGGGGCGAGUAUCUCCUUCCCAACGAUGAAACAGAGCAGGAUCGCCUAGAUCUGCUCCACCAUGUCUUUCUUCUCCUAAACGAUGGAAAACUCCUACGCGCACCCAUCGGCCUCAUCCCCCAAAGGGCUCUAGAUAUUGGAACCAGCACGGGAAUCUGGGCACUAGAUUUUGCGGACCACUAUCCCUCCUCCUCCGAGGUGCCACCUAACAUCAAAUUCUAUGCUGACGAUGUGGAGAAGGACUGGACAUAUGGGCCUGAUGAGGCAUUCGACGUUAUCCAUGCACGGCAGAUGGGAGGCAGUAUCAGCGACUGGAAGAAGUUGGCUAAAUCAUGCUUUGACAAUUUGAAACCGGGGGGUUGGAUAGAGCUGCAGGAGCCGGAGACGCUGAUUACAUCUGACGAUGACACGGCCAGCAAGGCGACGGCAUCUAAUGAAUUUCUGGAUCUGUCUAAUAAGGCAGCGGUCCAGUUUGGAAAGGAGCUUAAUAUGGGCCGGAAGUACAAGCAGCAUCUGAUUGAUGCGGGCUCUGUGGAUACACCAAUUGGCCCCUGGGCCAAAGAUCCCAAACUAAAGGAAGUCGGCCGAUACUUCCUCGAGCAUUGCCUGUUAGGCGUCGAUGCCUACGUCCUGGGUUUCAUCGGCAAGCUCCUUGGACUGGGAUUUGUGUCGAAGAUUGACUACUUUGGAUAA